AGGCAGUCUCUUUUUCGAAGGAGCUUGCCUGUUUGGUUGUACUCGGUUUCCGCUUUGUGGUUUUCAUGGGCUAAGGCUCGAGCAUUGCUACAGGCACGCUGUUCAGGGAAAUGGCGGACCUUGUCAGUUAUGCUCGCCUGAUGCUCACGUUCCCUUCCCGCUGUCUGGUUCCUUGUCAAUGUUUGUCGGUGGAUGGGUCAGACGCUGCCAUUGUGUUUAGCAUCUUUCAUUCGCCCGCUGCUGACCUGUAAUCUCCCUCUCCAUGCAGCGCAUGGCCUGUGCGCCAUGUCCGAGUCUGUUAUGUAUUCUUGUUUAUUAACAUGUUCUUUUGUCGUCAUCGCUGACGCACAUGUCUCAUUGUUUGGAAUUUGGAACAAUCCCUUACCUGGUUCCAUGACGCGCUCUCGAAUUGCUUCCUGGUUGGCUCUUGGUACUCCUGUUGAAUUUUGUUCCGUUACGACUUGGAUCGCAGUAAUAUCGUCCGUGGUGUUCAACAGCCUUCGAUGGUUGUUGGUCUGAAUUUAUGUCUUUCUUUCGUCGCCUUCCGCUACUAUGUCCUUCCGACUCGUCAGUUCCACCGGUUUCGAUAUGUUGGAAUCCUCGGUGUUGCGCAGGGUAGACUCCUGGCUGGUAAGGCCAGUUGAUA